AUGGCAACCGCACAACUCUCCGCUCUCCAAGACAUAGAGGCUGCUCAGAAAAGCCUUCGAUUGUCUCAGUAUGGAGGGCGUAUGUCGAACCAAUUCGUUGAUGAGGUCAAAGGAGCAGCUCUCUUCCAGUUCAACUGGGGCGAGUUGCUCGGUGCCGCUCCUACUGCCAUCUCGAUGAUGUGUGCCUGUUAUGUGGCAGCUUCUAAUGAAGAAGCUAAAAAGAUCUCUCUCAAGGAUUCCAUGCCGACCAAUGGUUUUCAGUACCUUAUCAACCGCCCCGAUCCUACUUUGAGGGCUUCCCUCCUUGAUGUCUGCAAUUCGGGGGGCCAGGAAGCCUUCGGAAUCGCCAGUAACAGAAUGGAGAACUUGAAGCAGUUGAGCUUUUCAAUCUUGAACGAACACAUCCCUGGUUUAUUUGGACACUUGGAACAAUGUACCGAGAGCGAAGAUAACCUCGAUGAUAUGAGGCGAGCUCUGAAGAGAUUUGGGUCCACCACGAACUCUUGCGCUAAGUAUGCCGCAGAGAUUCACCUUGCAUUCAAUAGGUGGAGCAAGAUGGUCAUGGAAUUACACAUCACAACUGAGCAGGAGUCUGGAACAACUGCCCGUAAAGCUUCAAAAACCGAGUUGGACAAACAGCUGGCGGACAUUGAGAAGACAUUUGCUGACAAGAGAACUAAAUCAAGCGACGAGGAAGUCAAACAGAUGGAAAAGUCUCUAGAAAGGGCCGAGAAAAGACUUGAUCGUGCACUUGACAAUGUUCCUGGACCUUGGGCUACUGUUCUCCAGAGCGCCGCAUCAUCCUUUGCUCAGGCGUUGCCCGCCAUCACUGCGGCUGCACUGCCCCUUGCACUCGCCUCCGCAAAUCCGCUGGGCGCCGCUGCCGGUGGUGUCUUAGGGCAAACACGAGCGCCGAUUACAGUUCAGCCAAAUAAUCCUGCAGGCUCCAGUGUCACAAAUGGAGUACAACCUUCGUCUCAACCUUUGGCAAAUGACCCGGCCAGCGCUGCAGCAUAUCAGUCUGCCUACCUUUUCACGGCGUUCUUUGCCUUUCUCGGGGGAGAUGAUAAGGACAUAGACUGGAAGAAAUUUGAGGUGACUGAGGCAAAUGCUGAAGGUAAAGGUGCGCCCACAGAGCAAAGUGGGGUUGUCUGGCUGCUUGGACAACUUCAAGGUGAACUGGCAGAUGUGCCAAAAACGGAAACUGAAGCCACCAAGAAACUUGCGUCAGCCUUCACUCGUGCCAUUUCGGUCGCAAAUGAGAUCAGGCAGCAUCUUGAGAAGGGUUCCUCGCUCAACUCCGAAAAGGCCAGUGCAGAAGCUAUUAACAAGUGGAAAGCGGCGGUUAAGGCUGCCAAAAACGACGUUCUUACUCUCAGUGCCGCUUCCGGCAGUACAGCCUCCGUCAAUUCUCCAAACCCAUUUACCAGGCUCAAUGUUGAUGUCCCAAAACCUGAUUUGUCUGCUCAAACUGCCCAAUUGAACGGCGCAAUGCAGGGCGUUCAAGUCGCUCAAAAUGCCGUCGAUGCUGCCCAGGCAAACUAUGAUAGUGCCAUCAAGAAACAAGAGGAAGCAGCGGCUGCUAUGCUGGCAGUUGAGCAAAAGUUGAAGACUCUGAAUGACAAGGCCAAACUUCUAGAGAAUGUCAAAGCAGUACUGAGUGACUGUAUCUCGGUUCUUGUCGAUCUUUCGAUUCAGGUCAGCAAAUUGGAGAAGUUCUUCUCUCUCCUCUGCAGCCUUAUUGAGAGCAUCAUCUUGAAGAAGACAGAUCUGCUUGCCGAAGAGAUGAGUGUAGUUGCCGAGAGGUCUUACCGCAAGAAGGCACUCACAAUGACCGAGAUCGCAACUCAGACCAUCUACACCUCCACGCUACAGUCAAAAGCCUACUUUUCCAUGCUCUACGAUAUCACAUAUAUGUACAUUGAGAUGGACCGAGAUCACAUUACGCCAGGACUCUUGAUGUGCAACGAGUUCUCUGGUGCGUUGCACAAAGGCACCCCUGUUGAACAGCUGCAGGAGAGGCUUCGGGCUUACAACGAAAAGUCUGGAAAAGCUUUGAGGUUAUUGAUCCAGAAGAAACAAGAUGAGAUCAUGACCGGUCUAAAAGACCGCGCUCGUGCAGCCAUCGAGUCGUCGAAAGCAAUCGAAGCUAUCAUGACUAAGAAGGGUCUUGACAUAGACACCAGCGCGAAAUUGGCGAUUGAGGGUGGUGCUCAGGUUGCUAAAGAGGAUGCUAAGGGUGUACUAGCCACGGUUCCUAGCCUGACUGCGGCUUCGCGGAAGGUCAAGUUAGACGCGUUAUGA